AUGUAUGUUGACCAUAUAACAUUACAAGACCUCAUAAAAUAUCAAGGUGUCAAAUGUGAAGUGUUGCAAGGAUACUAUUACGAUGGAAACAGAGAUAUGAGAAUAAGAGAUGAAGUAAAGAAGUUGUUUGAGUUAAGGUUAAAGUAUAAGAAAGAAGAAAACCCCUUACAAGAAAUUAUAAAACUCAUUCUGAACAGCAUUUAUGGCAAAACUAUUCUAUCUCCUAUUGAGUCAAAAAUAACCAUAGUAAAUGACAAAGAUGCUAUAAGAUAUGCUAUAAGAAAUUACAACCAUAUAGUGAAGUUCGAAGGUUUGGAUGGUUCAGAUAAAACUAUUUUCAAGCUAACGAAAAGCAUUUGCAGACACUUUAACUUCUGUCCACUUGGUGUUAAUAUUCUGUCUAUGUCAAAACGUAUUAUGAAUGAAGUAUUCUGUACUGCAGAGGACAUGGGACUUCAAAUCUUUUACCAGGAUACCGACAGUAUGCACUUAUAUAAUGAAGACAUCCCAAAGCUUGCAGCAGAGUUUAAGAAGAGAUAUGGUCGCGAACUUAUAGGAAAGAACCUUGGUCAAUUUCAUAGCGACUUUGCAGAAAUAACACCUGGAAAACAAAGUUUAGCUUAUAAAAGUAUUUUCUGUGGAAAGAAGACCUACAUAGACUUACUCACUAACGAUUUAAAUGAAGUUGCAUUUCACUGCAGAAUGAAAGGCGUGAAGCAAGAUGUUAUUGCUUUAACCGCUAAUGAAAUGUUUCCUGAAGCUAUACAAUGCUAUUACAAUGAAGAUAAGAACAUUCACAUACCUGUUGGAACAUAUGACAAAGACUCUGAGUUCAGUUUAAUGAAACUUUACAAAGCACUUCAUGAUGGUCAAGAGAUUGCAUUCGACUUAUGUAAGUCAUGUCAACCUUGCUUUGCUGAAAAGUUCAACUUUUCAAUAACGACUAAAACAAGCUUUAUUCGUAAGUUGAAGUUCUGA